AUGCCAGCUGUCUUCUCGACUGAGAGCGGGGGACGGGACAAGGACUUCAAGCCUUUAAUGUUCGACAAUUUCGAAGCCAAGAUUGCUUCUUUAUCCGCAGUUCUCCACGACUUCAAACAAGUCUGCAGGAUCUUUCGAUCAGCUACUCGUGAGGGGGAGCAAGUGGCUCGAGAGUUCUGGACCACCUUAAGAAGCGCUGUUGUCAUAGCGCAAGAGCAUGUGUCGACGUUGGCAAGCAGUGGGAGCAGCAGCGGUGGUGGUGUCUGCGCGCUGGUAGACCGUAUCCUCGAUUCCCUGGAGAACAUUUUUGAUGACAACAAUGUCGGUAGCAGAGCCACGGCACUGGCUUCGUCGGGAACGAAACGAUAUAGUCGCCUGGAGAUUGUCCAUCACCAUCUCCACAACGUCGACUCUCCCAAUAAAAGCCUCGUGCUUCUCUUGUCGGUGCAAGAUCUUCUGGACUCCAAAAAAGCGCACCAAGUCAAGCAGAGUAUUGAAGAAUGGGUCGACGACUUGGAGAACCUUGAUGAUGAUCAGCUGGAGCCCAUCCUCCCGCCGGAGCAGCCGCCUCGUAUCAACCAACUCGGCAACGUCAGCGAAUUGGCCCAGUUGACCUAUACAACCCUAUUUGGGCAUCUAGAGAAUCUUGCCACAUGUCACAAGCAUCAACAGCACGCUGCAUAUGCCAUGCUCGCGACCUAUUCCGAGUUGGAAGAAGACUACGAGGACUUUCAUUUUGACUUGGUCUUCUCCGUGGACGGCAGCCAGGCAUAUUGGGAAGAGGUGAGAGUCCACAGUUUCAGAAGCGAUGCCCAGAGUGGUGUGCGCUGGGCUCGAAUAGGUCCGGAGUCAAAGAGAAUCAAGGACUGGCUCCUUCCCAGACCGAUGUCAGUACGCCAGAUUUGCCACUCCCUGGGAAAGAAGGAUCUCUCAAGGUCUCGCCGUCGGAACUGGUUACAAAAAUCCACCCAAGGCUCACCAAUGCAUGAGAUAUGGGAUCACCAACCGACGAAUCGACAGUUCUUGCCAUAUGAACACUACCGACUGAUCUCCUACGCAGACUGUCUCUCAAACGAAGUGGGACCGAUGGUUAGUUUCUCCAAGCUCGUUCUGGCUGUCAUCCUCAGUUACUCCUUGUUUUAUCUUUGCGAAGGUCCAUGGCUCCCGAGUCGCUGGCCAAGACAUGGUAUCAAAUUCUUCCGGGCAGGCAGCACAACGUUCCUGCGACCGCUGUUGUACGUACCUAUCUUUUCUGGCUAUCCGGACACUGCACAAGCUUAUGAGACUUAUCACCAAUACCCUGUCCUGGUGGGAUUCGCGACAACUCUUCUAGAGAUUCACCAGGGGCGGACGCUACAGUCAAUCUUAGACUUAACGGAAGAUAUCACUGAUGUUGACGACGAAUGGGCUAGAGCUUGUGAGGCCUACGACAAGUGUAAAAAGAAUAUCUCAGAAACACAAUACAAAGAGGUCAUCGAAGCAUGUUUGAAUGCACGCUUUGAGCUCCAGGAACUGUGUGAGGGCCAGGAGUUCCAGCAACAAAUAUUCCACAAGAUAGUGGCACCUCUCGUCACCUUGCUGGAAGAAGCUUUUGGGAACUUCAGCCCCAUGAGUGAUCUCGAUGCGCAAGCCUCGCGCCUAGACCUAAGCACAGGUCUACUUGUCACAGAGGUCCAAAAAUCGCAGGAUGCCCCACGAUACACCUUGUACAAGAUUGAUCGGUUAGAUUCCUCAACCAACCCCAUUUUGACCGCACGGCAGGGUAAGGCGUCAGCCUCCGGGACGACAUCUCAGACUUUGGUGUUGUCGGAUAGCCUCUAUGGGGAGGAAGAGCCACUUUCAGAGUCAUCUGCUGAGUGCUCUCAUACCGACCGGUGGUUCGACGCCUUGCAUGCCGCCGACAGUUUCAGGACCCUGAAGCGCCUCAGUCUCGACGACACAACUCGGGUCAGAAUUGCAAUUCUCGAUACCGGCCUGGACCGCAACCACGGGCUUGUGCGGGAGCACAAGGAACGAAUUAGAGCCGUGUGCGACUGGGUCGACGGUGACGGUUCAAACGACGAUGACUGGAGCGGCGACGAGGUCGGGCACGGCACGCACAUUGCAUGCAUUAUUCUUGCCAACGCACCGAAUGCAGACGUGUUUAUAGCUCGUAUCAGCAAGACCCGAGCCCUCAGACAUAGGCAUACGCUGCCAGUUGCCAAGGCGUUGCAAAAGGCCAGAGACCGGUGGGAAGUCGACAUCAUAAACAUGUCAUUUGGCUUUCGAGACGCAUCUCCGAUAAUCGACGACGAGUUGAAAAAGGCCAUCAACCAGGACAUCCUCGUGUUUGCGGCCGCCUCCAACGCCGGGGGCAAUCUGCCACGCUCGUAUCCUGCGUUUCGCGAUCAAGUCUUUGGGAUCCAUUCGACAGAUGGUAGAGGCAAUCCAUCCAAAUUCAACCCCACGCCGCUCAAGGACGGCAACUUCAGCACUGUGGGCGAGCUGAUUGACUCGGCGUGGCCGAGUAAGGAUCGGAUGGGCUCUUCAGCAGUUUCCGUCUUCAGCACUCGGAGAAUGUCUGGGACGUCGUUCGCGACGCCAGUUGCCGUCAGCAUUGUCGCCCUCUUGUUGGAUUACUUUGGACAAAACAUGCAGGAUGAGGUGACGAUCUUGAAGAUGAAAGAGUUCAACGGCAUGAGAAGAAUUCUUGCAUUGAUCUCCAACGAGAGGCAGGGGUUUAACUACAUGAACCCUUACACCUUUUUACAGCAAAGCCAGGAGGACAUUCGGCGGAGUAUUCGUAACGCAUUGAAUAUGAAAACGCUUUCAUAG